CCUGCUUCCACACUCUGAUCAUUCUAUCUAGCGCGGAAAACUCGAAGGUUUCGUAGCAAAUACACCAUGGAUCUUGUGCCCUCUCUCUGCUCAUAGUGCUGUCACGUUCAGUCCCACUCAUGAUAUCGACAGGUGUGACUUGCAGACCCUAGUAAUAGGCUUAUGUGCUGCAUCACCGAUCACCGAACCCACCUUCUUCUACGGUCUCCUCUUUCCCAUGGAUACGGUCCUGCCAGAGUAUAUAUGCGUUCCUCUUCGUAGCCACGCCGUUAGACGGGAGUGAGGCCAGCGCGACCAUCUAUCAUCUUCCUGGGACACGGACAUCAUGGCAAUCACACAGGCACUGUGGCUCUUAGCCUUGGCGGGACCUGUCUUGUCCGCUGACCUUGCAAGCUAUGUCUUGACGGAUACUGGCUCGACAAAUGGAGGCAACACCUUUCCUGGUGUUAGCCGCCCCUUUGGGAUGGUAAAACUAGGACCAGACCUCUAUACUGGGAGUGACAGCUACUCCGGUUACCAGCCUACUGGCAACUUUACUGGGUUCAGCAUGCUGCAUGAGAGUGGCACCGGCGGCGCUCCCAAGUACGGUGUCGUCUCUCAGAUGCCUGUACUUGGAGAUAUCAGCAAUCCCCUCGAUGACCACCAUGACACGAGGGCUGCUGCCGACCAAUCAGAGCUUGGCUACUACAAGUCAUCCUUAGGAUCAGGUAUCACGGUUGAGCUCGCCGCCACGGAGCGAGCGGGUGUGUAUAAGCAUACAUUCCCAAGCUCGGGCCAGCCAAGCAUCAUAGUCGAUGUAUCCCAUGUACUGCCGUCGUACCGUGGGAUGGGUUUGGAGCAGCAUUACCUCGGAGGCAGUAUAGAAGUGAGCAAGGACGGCGGAAAGACGGUCUAUCAAGGCUCUGGUUCUUAUGACAACGGCUGGAACCGGUCACCAAAAUGGACCGUCUACUUCUGCGGCUAUUUCGACUCAGAGCCAUCGUUCAAGACCUUUGUCGGCCAGGACGGCACCAGCAGCACCUUAAAAGAAUACUCUACGGCCUCUAGUGUUACUUCUACGGCGCGUCUGGGUGCUGUAUUUUCCUUCAAGUCUACCACGGUUACUUCCCGCGUUGGAGUCUCUUUCAUCUCGACGGCUCAAGCCUGCAAGAAUGUUAAUGACCAAAUCCCCUCUGGAACGUCUCUUGCAACCCUACGAACCAAGACUCGGGAUGCCUGGAAUUCGGAAAUCCUGUCAAAGGUUACCACAACGGACACAGACACAACUAAGCUACAGCUCCUGUAUUCGUCCCUAUACCAUAUGAAUCUGAUUCCGACAAACAAGACCGGGGAAAAUCCUCUCUGGAAAUCGUCAGAGCCAUACUACGAUGAUAUCUUCACCCUUUGGGAUCUGUUCCGUUGCACUACAUCACUCUUUCAUGUCAUACACCCUGUUGCAUAUGAGGAGUAUAUCAGGUCACUUAUAGACGUCUGGAGGAAUGAUGGAUACAUGCCCGAUGGCCGAUCAUCCUUUUUCAACGGGGCAACCCAGGGAGGCUCGAAUGCCGAUAAUGUUCUGGCCGAUGCGUAUGUGAAGGGAGUCCGGGGUAAGGUCAACUGGGACGACGGCUACGCUGCGAUGGUCAAGGAUGCCGAGAUCCAACCGCCCAACAAUAACGAUCCGCGUGACAAGUCUGCGUCAACCAAGGAGGGUAGAGGUGCACUGCCAGACUGGCUCAGCCAUGGCUUCAUCACGCCUACAUACGGCCGAUCGGUCAGUCGGGCAGUUGAGUAUUCUGCCAACGAUUUUGCCCUAUAUCAGGUGGCCAAAGGGCUGGGCAAGACCAAAGAUGCGGAGAAAUAUCUAAACCGAGCAAGAUUCUGGCGGAAUCAUUGGAACCCGGACCUUACCUCUCUCGGCUUUUCAGGGUUUCUGGGCCCGAAAAACGCGGAUGGCUUCCUCCCGCAGGAUCCCCUGAGCUGCGGCGGUUGUUACUGGGCGGAUUACUACUACCAGGGGCUCCCUUGGGAGUAUUCCUUCAACGCCCACCACGACAUCUCCACGCUGAUCGCGCUGUCCGGCGGCGAGGACACGUUCGUCAAGCGCCUGGAGACGAUCUUCACGCCGGGCAAGAACCCGACCGGGUCCGCGGCCUUCAACAAGACCAUCUUCAACCCAGGCAACGAGCCCAGCUUCACCAGCCCGUUCCUCUACAACUUUGCCGGGCGCCAGGACCUGACCGUCGAGCGCAGCCGCUUCAUCGCCAAGUCCUAUUACCACCCGACCCCCGGCGGGCUCCCGGGCAACAGCGACGCCGGCGCCAUGGAGUCGUGGGUCCUGUGGGUCAUGCUCGGCCUCUACCCGGUCACGGGCCAGACGACCUUCCUCAUCGGCUCCCCCUGGUUCUCGGACCUGACCAUCUCCCUCGCCGGGGGCCGCUCGCUCCACAUCACGACCACCGGAGGUUCCGACAGCGCCUUCCACGUGCAGAGCCUCAAGGUUAACAGCAAGCCGUGGACGCAGUCGUGGGUCUCGUGGUCGGACGUGUUCGAGAAGGGCGGGACCAUGGAGUUCGUCCUGGGGCCCGACCCGGUCCCGUGGACGGCCAAGGGCCCGUCGCCGCCCAGCCCGGCCAGCGAGUUUGCAAAGGACGACCCGCCGGCCAAGGUGCUGGCCGCGCUGCCCGGGCCCAACGCUGGUGGUGGGGAUGGGGCCGCCACCGCGCGGAUCGCGGCGCGGUGCGACAAGACGUAUGCCAUCCCCGUGGUCGUGCAGGCGGGGGCCGGGUCGGUGGGCGGGUUUGCCGGGGCCGUGUUUGGGGUCUCGUGGUGGCUUAGGAGGAGGAGGAGGGCCGCUGCUGGGGAGCGGCGGCUGGACGUGGAGCGGGAGGUCGAGAUUGCUGCUCAGACGGCGACCUGUUUCGACUCCAAGUCCGAUAAUGGCGGCGUGGUCACCCCAGACGCCAAGAUUUGAGCGAGCACUCAUUACUAGAGCUUCGUUCUUCUGUUUUCUCCUCCAACCAGACGGCUUGGUUUUCUUUUGGUAAUACCCAUCAUCUUGUAUAUGACAGGACAGGCAGGGGCCGCGGCCGAACAACGUCCCAAGAGCUUAAAUAGACUUUGCCUUCGGAUUGUUUUAUAUCUCUCUUUUGUUGAUUCUCGGGUUCUCGAGUUCUCGUAGAACGUCUACAGACCGUUAAAUAACUGGCAAAGGAGCAUAGGGCAGCAAGAAUAAAAUAAUGACACGUAUGGUUCCUGGGAAGAAAAGCUCAU